AUGAGUGGACAAUUUCAGAAUACUGGACAUGGUUCCAAUGGAAGAAAUGCUGGACAAGGAAGAUCACAGCAAGGCCAAGAGUGUACAAACCUUGAGUCUGUCGAUAUUGAAAGUGUGAAACCAACAUUGAUAUUGGUGACUAAUUACAGCGAUCCUGAUAAGGAGAUCAAGAAUGAAGAAAGAAGAACUAACUAUAUGGCUGAUCAAAAGGAUUGGAAGGCCAGGAAGAACGCGUUUGAUAACAAUAAACGCAAUGUCUAUGGAAUGAUUAUGAAGAUGUGCACCAAUCAUGUGGUGGACAAGCUUGAGAGAGAAGCUGACUUUGAAAACAAACUGUUCAAUGAUCCUGUGGAGCUAUUGAUGCGGAUCAAGAAACUUAUGACAACUACUGUCGAUACAGAAUGGGAAUAUUUUGGUCUGUGGGAGCAAUCUAAUUAA